GGCGCGCGGUGGCAGCAGGCGAUGGCGGCGCCGGGGUGGGAGCGGGCGCUGCGGCUCGUGCUGUGCGCGCUGGGGCUGGCGCUCUCCGUGUACGCGCUGCACGUGGAGAGCUCGCGGGAGCGGGCCCCCGGGUACCGGGCCAUGUGCGACCUGAGCCCCUUCGUCAGCUGCUCCAAGCUCUUCACCUCCAGGCUUCGGAGAGCUGCCAAUCUCACACCAACAGGUCCAGACCCUGCAACAGAGAGCGCAGGAGAAGGGUCACACUGGGGCUGGGAGCACAGAGAGGAGACCAGAGCUGGAGGCUGUCGUCGAACCCAGCCACCGACAUCGAGAUCCUUGGCAUGACGGGACGCGCUAGACAUCAAUGAGAAGAACCCCACUGAUUCGGGAGGAAAUCGGAAAACUGAAAAAGUCCAGUUUCCAUUUAGAUCUGGGGUGCUGUGAUUUUCUCCCCCAGGGCUCUCAGCCUCGUAUCCGGGAUCAUCCUGUCCCUGGAGCAGGGAGCCCGGCACUCAGGGCAGCUGGGUCCCCAGGCCGAGAUCCCGCGCCAGUGAGCCACGAGGCAGCCCUGGCAGAAGUUGUGGCCGCACUCGAUCGAAAUGGGAUCAUCCAAGACAUCCAGGCAGAUGGAGCAGGUGAUGUCCUCCCGGAGUCGCUGCAUCUCUCCAGACCCGCUGAGUGGGGGGAACCUACUGGGUCAGGACCUGGCACCCGGAGCAGUAGGGCUCUGCUGCAGGACGGCUGAUCUCUAGCCCAGGUGUGACCCUUCCUGGCAGCAGGAGUCUGGGGAGGAGCGGGAGAACAUGGGAAUAUUUCUGUGAACAAGUUGCGUGACUCAGUUUACCUGCCCACUUUGUGUCCAUGUCCCCCGGGCAGCACCAGAGCGAGAAGACAGAUUCCAAGAAGUCAUGGCAGAGAUUGGUAGAUUCCCAGGCCAGGAGGGACCAAGGCUGAGCUUCUGGAUAACGCAGGCCAGAGAAUUGCACCCAGUUAAUUCCUGUUUGAACGAGAGCAGAUCUCUUAGAAACACAUCCCACCGCAGUCCUUGGUACAUUGUUCCCAUGGUUAAUUCCCCUCCCUGGUAAACACGGACAUCUUCUUUCCAGGCUGAAUGUGUCCAGCUUCAACUUCCAGCCAAUGGAUCAUGUUACAGCUUUCUCUGCUAGCCUGAAGAGCCCAUUAUUAAAUAUUUGAUCCCCG